AUGCGGGAGGAGAGGAAAAGAAGGAGGAAGCUGGCCCGUGAUGCCAGAAAGCUCAACGUUGGCAGGGCCAAGAGCGUCCGACGAGCGGGAACAUCCACGGAGAAGGUGGGGCUGGAGGCUCUCCACCCCCCUCAGGGGCCGCCGGGAUCGGGCGCGCCUGCCCUCUCCGGCCUCCCAGACGUGUCGAAACCCUUCACGGUUCUCGGGAUCGAGACGAGCUGCGACGACACUGCGGCGGCGGUUGUGCGCUCCGACGGCGCCGUGCUCGGGGAGGCGAUCGCGGGGCAAGCGGACGUACACGAGGAGUGGGGAGGCGUCGUGCCUGGACUGGCGAGGGACUCGCACGCGUUGAAGAUGGACGGGGUGGUCGAGAGGGCGCUGGAGCAAGCGGGGCUGGGUUCGGCAGCCGAAGUUGAUGCUGUUGCUGUCACCGUAGGGCCCGGGCUGGAGAUCUGCCUGCGGGUUGGCGCGGAGAAGGCUAAGGCCCUCGCCGCUGAGUACGGAAAGCCAUUCGUGGCGAUACACCACCUAGAGGCGCACGCGCUCCUCGCCAGAAAAUCUUUCACCGAGACGCGGGCGUCUUCUCCUAGCGCUGCUGCUACUCCUGCUUCCGAGGCCGCUCCGGCUUUACGUUCGAUUCCUCGCUCUAGCGAUGUUUCUGCGGCAGCUGCGGUCGCGUCCUCGGCUCCAUCCACGUCUGCCUUUGCGACGGCUUUCACGGCCGCUGUCUCCGACGUUUCGGCCUCUUCUGCUGCCGCUGGCGAUGUGGCGGCCGCUCCUUCCGCUGCUAGCGACCGCUCCCCUGCUGAUUCUGCUGGUCCUGGCGACGUGUCCGCCGCUGCGGCUGCUGCUUCUUCGGUGCCGUCCGCGGCCGCUUUUGCGGCCGCGUUUUCGGCGGCGGUUACCGACGUUUCCUCCGCAAGCGCACGGGCUGCCAGCGGCGUUGCUCCUCCCGCAGCUGCUUCUGACUCAGAUCUUCCUGCGGCUUCUUGCAAGGGUGCCGCCGGCAGCGGCACCUCUGCGGUCGACGACGAUGACGAUACCGGAGAAACACCUCCGCUGGAGUUCCCGUUCUUGGCGUUGCUCGUCUCCGGGGGUCACUGCCAGCUUCUGCUGUGCGAGGGUGUGGGUGUGUACACAGUGCUCGGCGGCACUGUUGACGACGCCCUGGGAGAGGCUUACGAUAAGGCGGCGCGACUCCUCGGCCUCCAAGUCGGCGGCGGCGGAGGCCCAGCGGUGGAAGCUUUGGCUCUAAAGGGAGACUCUUCUGCCGUCCCCUUGGCAGUCCCAAUGCAGUCUCGGAAGGAUCUCGACUUCAGCUUCGCCGGUCUGAAGAACUCCUUCCGCAUGGCCGUUACCAAGACCGUCGAGGAGAACGAUAAGAAGAUGCGCGAGAACAAGCGGCCGGGGGCCACGCAAGUCGGGGAUCGGGUAAACGGAGGCGACGCCGAGCUGGGCGCGGCUGAGACAGAUAAGGGCACCGGCACCGAGGGGCUUGGUGGGGAUGAGGUUCUCUCACCGACGGCGUCGAUGGAGAGGAGAGGGGCGGCUUUGCCAGAGUCUAUGAGGGCCGACCUCGCUGCGUCUUUCCAGCACACCGCCAUCCGGCACCUCGAGGAACGGGUGAGGAGGGCGAUGGAUACGUGCGAGGCGAUGGUUGGCAAGGUCCCGCCACCGCCACCGCCACCGCGACCUGGCAUAUCCUCCCACCAAAGCACAACACCAGAGGGGCUGAGAUCCGAGGCGACGAGCACCUUGGGUAAGACGGAGUUCCAGAGCCCUGAUGGCGGGAAGACGGGAAAGGGGGUCGACGAUAAGCCAACGCAGGAACUGAGACGGGAGAAGGACGGGGGUUACGGGGAAGAGAGGAUGGCGAUGGACGGGGUCCCAGGUGCAGCGAAGGCGAAGGGCGUGCGAGCCCUGGCUGUCGUUGGCGGUGUCGCGGCGAACCAAGAGCUGCGGCGACGGUUGCAGGCGCUGUGCGACGAGAGAGAGCCGGAUGCGUGGCGGAUGGUGGUGCCCCCCGCUCGCCUCUGCACCGACAACGGCGUGAUGGUGGCGUGGGCGGCGGUGGAGCGUCUUCGUGAGGGCAUGUCUAACGACGCCGAGGAGCAGGAAGUUUACGCUAGGCUCCCUCUCGGCCGCUAUGCCGGCCACGACCAUGAAGCGCCCUGAUGGGUGCUUGGCGUCGCCUUGUUGAUUUUGGUCGUCAUCUUUCGAAUUGGUUCGCCAAGGCGUGUUCGCUAAGCUCCCUCCAAAGCAGCACGUUAAUGCGCCGGUAGUUUGUUUCGACAA